CUAGCUAGCUCCUUCUGCUCACUCACAUCACACAACGAAGGGAUCUAGUACGUGACAAACAAAGUACGUACAUAGAUCCAAUGUCGAAUAAUGGAGGAUCGUCGAGAGUCGCCGACGCCGCGACAGCGGGGAAAGACGGCGGACAGAAGAUGGACGACCCCACUGGAAAUGGCGCCAAGACACUGAAGGUGGCCGGCGGCAGGGCGCUGAUAUCCUCAGCGAACCUGUUGCAGCUGCUGCCAACGGGCUCGGUGCUGGCGUUCCAGACGCUAUCCACGAACUUCACCAACCAGGGCGACUGCUACCCUUCCAACUGGUGGCUCACCCUGGGGCUUGUCACCUUCCUCACCGCCACCUGCAUCUUCUUCGCCUUCACGGACAGCGUACAGGACUCCAAGGGAAAGGUCUACCAUGGCGUGGCGCUGCCGGGGCGCCUCCACAUCUUCAACCUGCCGAAGGAGGAACGGAAAAAUUUCUCAGCUAAGCUCAAGGAGCGGGGCCUGAAGGCCGUGGACUGGGUUCACGCCUUCUUCACGGCGGUCGUGUUCCUCACCAUCGCGGGCAGCGACGUGGGGCUCCAGCAGUGCUUCUUCCCGCAAGCCAGCGAAGACACCAAGCAGCUGCUCAGGAACUUGCCGCUGGGCAUGGCGGUCUUGUCCAGCUUCGUGUUCAUGAUCUUCCCCGCCACAAGAAAGGGCAUCCGCUUUGACAACAGUGACUACAAUAUUAUUCCGGAUGCAGGAUCUGCUACUCAGGAUCACAGCAGAAAAGAUUCAGUAGGUAACAAACAAAGCAACGACGACAAGACACCGAAGGUGCCCGCCAACAGGGGGCUUACGUCCUCAGCGAACCUGUUGGAGCUGCUUCCGACAGGUACGGUGCUGGCGUUCCAGGCGCUGGCCGCGACCUUCACCAACCAGGGUAACUGCCACCCUUCCAACUGGUGGCUCACCCUGGGGCUUGUCACCUUCCUCACCGCCACCUGCAUCUUCUUCGCCUUCACGGACAGCGUACAGGACUCCGAGGGAAAGGUCUACCAGGGUGUCGCCCUUCCGGGGCGCCUCCACAUCUUCUACGCGUCGAAGGAGGAACCGAAAAAUUUCUCAGCUAAGCUCAAGGAGCGGGGCCUGAAGGCCGUGGACUGGGUUCACGCCUUCUUCACGGCGGUCGUGUUCCUCAGCAUCGCGGGCAGCGACGUGGGGCUCCAGGACUGCUUCUUCCCGCGCGCCAGCGAGGACACCAACCAGCUGCUCAAGAACUUGCCGCUCGGGAUGGCGGUCUUGUCCAGCUUCGUGUUCAUGAUCUUCCCCCCCACGAGAAAGGGCAUAGGCUUCGACAACAGUGAGUACAUUAUUAUUGACCGCAAGUAGGAGAAGCCCGCCCCGACUUGACAGCGUCCACCACAAACUUCCGCCCAGCCUUCAUAGCCUCCAUCAGAGACUCCCGCC